UAUACAACAAUUGUUGUAUACCUACAACAACGGUAUGUCCUAUACCUACAACAAUAGCAAUCUGGCAACAUCGCAGAAUGGGCGGCAACGACAAGCACUGAAAAGCCCGUGGACGACACCGACUGCCGGCGCCGGCUCACGGUCGUCGCCGCCAUCUUGCCAAGCGGAGAGCGGAGCGCGGACCGGAGCGGAACUGUGAAAAUUCCGGAAAACGAAGCCACGAGCACCAGAAAACAGGAAAUGCUAGUGGAAGAUUCGCCGUAUUGUUCACAGGGACAAACGACCUGGGGACGACCCUGCGCGUCCAAGUCUGGACGGUGCCGAUUCCCGCGUGGCAUGGACACGACCCGAGGAAGGAAGGAUUUGGCCUUGUUGAGGUUGAGCAGCAGGCCCAGCAAAUGUCGUCCGCAGUGGCGUUCAAAUGCAAAACAGGACACCUGGACGGUGCAGAUUUUUGUGCGGUCGAGGAAGGAAGGGUUAGGCCUUGUUGAGGUUGAGCAGCAGGCCCAGCAAAUGUCGUCCGCAGUGGCGACGAAAUGCAAAACAGGACACCUGGAUGGUGCCGAUUUUUGUUCGGUCGAGGAAGGAAGAUUUUUGUGCGGUCGAGGAAGGAAGGGUUAGGCCUUGUUGAGGUUGAGCAGCAGGCCCAGCAAAUGUCGUCCGCAGUGGCGUUCAAAUGCAAAACAUGACACCUGGACGGUGCAGAUUUUUGUGCGGUCGAGGAAGGAAGGGUUAGGCCUUGUUGAGGUGAGUAUUUUAGCAGUGAAAUUAGCACUGUGGGCUAAUAAUAAACCUGCCUUGUCUAGGUUGAGCAGCAGGCCCAGCAAAUGUCGUCCGCAGUGGCGUUCAAAUGCAAAACAUGACACCUGGACGGUGCAGAUUUUUGUGCGGUCGAGGAAGGAAGGGUUAGGCCUUGUUGAGGUUGAGCAGCAGGCCAGGUGAAUGCCGUCCGCAGUGGCGAUUAAGAUUCAGUGCAAGUAACCAUGGAUAUGGAGGGAGCUGUCAUAAUCUCCUUGGACUUGAUUGGAUAUCCAUGCUGGAUUCUUGCUCUGCGCGUGCUUCUUCAGCUUGUCCCGGUGCUCGUUACUUGUCCCUUUUGGUCGACCACGGACCUUUGGUUUUAGUGGAAAACCAAUCUUCUGCUGAGAAGUGAUGUUUCUCAAAAACUCUGAUGCUGGAAGAAAUUCUUCUUCAUGAGCCACUGCAAUUUCCACCGAGCCAUCUUUAUCCUCCUCGAAAUCCUUGCCUGCCUCUUGCCCAGCAGAUUCAACUUCUGACACUUCAACCAGCGCCAAUCCGUCUUCCGCAGAGCCAAUUUCCCGACCCUGUGACUCCUCAGCUUGCACAGAAUAGUUUGCCUGUGCCUCAACAUUAUUUCCAUCAUCUUCGCAAGAGACAGAGCAGACUUCUUCAACGUCAAAAACUCCUACGUCUUCCACUGGACGCAACACAUUCGCAUUUCUGCCAGCUAUAAAUGUGAAUUAAUAAGGAGGCAGCUGCUGCUCACAAGUUUGGUAUUGAAUGGUCCAGCGCAUUGGGAUUUCCACAGCAUCGAUCAUGGGAAGCCCAAUUUCCUUCCUCAGAGCCAUGAUGUGGUAGCAAGGUUGAAUCAAACAGGAGCAGCUCUGGAAAUUUUGCGUAAUUCUUCUUCAUCUCUGAGGUUGCGAUGAAAAGACAUGAGAAGUUGCCCUCCGGACCAGUGAUGAUUGUGUAUGAUCCUAAUUACAAACAUAAUAUGCAAUGGCAAUCUAUUGGCAUGAUAUGGUUCAGGACUUGGGGUCUAAAGGAUUGAGAAAGCCUGGUGUCAGAUAAGUGAAACAUAACAAGUUGAUAAAUGUGUACUUUGUGAGCUCCUAUUUUUUCAGAUUCCGGAUGGUGGAUCUCCAUUGGCAAAAAAAUAUGCUGGUAUGCGAAUGUCAUAAAUAAUAUUCAAACCCUCUGAAACGAGAACUAAAGGUGCAUGGAGACAAGAUAAUACCUAAUGAAAUCAAAAUGUGCUGUCAUCGAGAGUUCACUACUUGAGAGACUCGAUUUUAAUCAUAUAACCAUCUUUAGAAUAUUUACAUGUGAAAGUAUACCAUUUUAUAAUCAAUAGAAAAUUUUGUAGCCAGAUUUUUAUGUGUUAUAUUGAUAUAUUACUUCUCAUUGUCCAGAUCCUUGGGUAGGACUGCUUUCCCCGUCUCCUUCAUGAUAACCUCUCUUAUCUUGGUUGGAUUCACUCCAAGGUCGUCAAGCUGCUGCAGACGCUCCUUCUCUGUGUUGUUCAAUCUACGCUGCUUAGGGUAUUGUGCAAAAUCAGCCGGACAUGGUUUGUGCACCUUUUCAUGUACGUCUGUGGUCACGUGACAGUCGUAGAUGUAUAGCAUUUCAUUACGAGUGCCCACCUUGAAAUAGGCACCACAGCCAAGUUUGUAGGAUCUGAAAAAUUAUUGUUCCUUAUAACAAUGUAGCUAAUGAUAUGCAAUAUUGAAAGAAAAAAUUUGGAUAAUAUGUAUUGCAUACAAAAAUCAGAAUAAUAUGUGCUUAGCAUUAAGGAUAUGUGAAGUUUUUGUAUUAAUGUAUUACAAAUAAUCACAAUUUUCAAAUUAAGGGCACAGUGUAGUGCAAAUUAUUCUCAUGUUUCCAAUUGCUCAAAAUCCCUCAUAACUGAAUGCACAUGUUGGAAAAUAUGUAAUGUAUAUUUACUUCUGAUUGGGGCGCUGCCCUGUCGAACGACCAUCAACGGGAUCUCCAUAAUGGAUACAUGCAUAUUUGGCAGAUCUAAUGACCAAUUUGUUCUUCUUUGUCUCCAAUUUGGCCCUGGCCGCUGCAUCAACCACCUUGUCAGAGAUUUUUAUGUAGUUGCUGCUUAGGCAUGUAUACACAAUGAAGGUUUCUUGUUCCAAUGCCUUAAUUGCCUCUGAAAGAUCACUAAAACUUUUGAAGGUCUUGCCAUUUGUGAUUGACAGUGUUUGUGCCAUUUUACAAAACCGCUUGAAUCACAGAUCACAUACAGACUAAAGAGCAGGAGCACAAGCAAAGAGUACCCAGAGCUGCAGAUCUAAUUGAAUUUGAGCAGUGUUGAAACAUGUUCUGUUUGCCUGCUGUUCCCCCUCUUACACUCUCAAAGUUCCAUUCCCUGAUUGCAAGUGAAGAUGCAAUAAUAAUACUGUGCUGUCACCUCUUUUUGUUUGGAGAAUGAUGUUUAUGUAUUUGUAGCCAAUCUAGCUGCCGCAGAUUCACAAAAAAGUUAUUGUAAAAAAUUGUAUUAAUAAAACACUGAUUGUGUUUUCCCAUCGA